ACUUUCACCCUUGUAGCAUCCUUGUAACCAACUUUCUUCUUUCGUCUUACCAAAAAAAAAAAAAAACCAAACCUUCUUUCGUUCCCCAUUUUAAAAAUUUAUCUUUACUUCAAAUAAUGUAAUUAUAAUCCCUCGAUCCUCUCUCUCUGUUUCCCUCUUUUUGCUUCCAUGGCUUCGAUUUCUAAGCUCUCAAAUCCUAACCUCGCCGCCGCUUCAUCCCGCUCCUCUUCCGCCCUCCGAUCCGAGCCGACAUUCUCACUCAAGUUCCUCACAGGAGCUCCAAUUCAGAAGCAACUCUCGUCUCUCCGCCUAUCGGUUCGAAGAGAUCGCGUCGAGAGGAGCUCAUUGGUUGUGAGAUGUUCCCAACAAGACGGAAAUGGUGCUCCAGCAAAGAGAACAACACUCCAUGACCUUUAUGAGCAACAAGGCCAAUCUCCAUGGUAUGAUAAUCUUUGCCGCCCAGUAACAGAUCUGCUUCCACUCAUUGCAAGUGGAGUACGGGGAGUUACGAGCAAUCCAACGAUUUUCCAGAAAGCAAUUUCAUCAUCCAGUGCCUAUGAUGAACAAUUUAGGACCAUGCCUGAUCAAGCUCUGCAAGCCUUCAUCGACCACGGCACUGUUUCAAGGACCAUCGGUUCAAAUCUGUCAGAGGCUGAGGGUAUCUAUAGUGCGCUCGAGAAGUUGGGCAUCGACUGGAACAAGGUUGGGUCUCAGCUUGAAGCUGAAGGUGUUGACUCUUUCAGGAAGAGUUUCGAUAGCUUGCUUGUUAGCCUGCAAAAGAAGCUUGAUUCCCUCAAGCUGGUCGGUCUGUAGGUGAAAGCUAUUGUUUCAGUUCCCAGCUAUCAGCUGUCCUCAAUAAAGCUGGGUUGGUUUUUUAACUCGUAAAUUGUACUUUAUUCUAAGUUGAGGUUUGCUUUGUGUGGACUAAGAUAGGUUGUGAAUAUAUGGUUUCUGAGUA